AUGUGGGUAGUUGAACCAAACUCUCCUAUUUGCCUCUCUGCUGCCCUGCCUGCCAAGAGACACUCGCAGGAAUCCAGCAACUCGGAGUCAACACUGAUGUAUGAAGUGUCGGAGGAGCAGCAGGGCAGCGGCAGCAGCAGCCUGGGAAGCAGCCUGGGUGGCUCCAUCACAGCCUGUAAGAAGGUCCUCCGCAGCAAUAGCUUGCUCGAGUCCACAGACUACUGGUUGCAGAAUCAGACGACGCCCUGCCAGAUUGGUUUUGUGGAAGACAAGUCUGAAAACUGUGCUUCUGUCUGCUUUGUGAACCUGGAUGUCAACAAGGAUGCAAGCAGCACAGAGCACCUGCAGCAGAAACUGGUCAAUGUUUCUCCAGAUCUUCCAAAACUUAUCAGCACCAUGAAUGUCCAACAACCAAAAGAAAAUGAAAUUGUCCUCCUGAGUGGGUUAGCAUCUGGUAAUCUCCAAGCAGAUUUUGAAGUUUCACAGUGCCCUUGGCUGCCAGAUAUCUGCUUGGUCCAAUGUGCAAGAGGGAACAGACCGAACAGUACCAACUGCAUCAUCUUUGAAAUCAACAAAUUCUUGAUUGGUCUGGAACUGGUGCAGGAGCGGCAGCACCACCUGGAAACAAAUAUCUUGAAACUGGAGGAUGACACAAACUGCUCCUUGUCCUCAAUCGAGGAAGACUUUCUCACUGCCUCUGAGCACUUGGAGGAAGAAAGCGAGGUGGAAGAAUAUAAGAAUGGUUAUGAAAAUAUAAAUCUGUCAGCCAAUGCUUUGGAAAGUAAAAAGCAAAAGAGAGUCACCCAAGAGGAACGGGAUUACAACAAAGAAAAGUUGCUUUAUGCUCUGGAAGACAAAUGCAUUAACAAAUAUUCACCUUUUAUUAAAACAGAAGGAUGUCUGGAAAAGGUAGCAGAGAACACAGGUUUGCAGAGUCUAGAUCUUUCCACCAAGCCAUCCCAGUGGAAGGGUGAAGCUAUGGGGAAUGAGCAACAAGCUACCAAUUAUUAUUAUUCAGAACAUUGUAAAGGUCAAGUAGAAAAACCUCAGGCAUUGUGUAUUCAAAGUGAUGCUUAUUUCUCCAUGAUGGUUAAGAAAGAUGGACCUUCUGCAUAUGGUAUUGUCACUGAACAUGGCAACAGCCUAGAUCCAGGAGAUCAUGAAGGUCCAAGAAACUCACUUCUUCCUAUCCAAGAUGGAGAAGCCACAACUGGCGAGUAUGCUACAAAUUUAGCAGAAUCUGUGCUACAAGAUGCAUUUAUCAGAUUAUCUCAGUCUCAACCUACACCAGCCCAGGAAUCUGCAGUCAGUGUUUCUGUAGGAAGUGCUCUGCUUCCCACUAGCUGCUCAACAAAAGAUGUAGUUGUCCCUCGGUCAUGGGACGAGCUCCCCAAAAUCGUCAUAAUGCAGAGUCCAGAAGGCAGUGAUGCUGGCCCUGAACCAGGCAUCUCUUCCUGGCCUGAGAUGGAGGUCUCUAUGGAAGCCGCAGGUGUCCUACCUGGAGAGGACCCCAGCAGACACCCUCAGAGUGCUGUAGAAGUAGCACUCGCCUGUGCAGCCACUGUGAUUGGAACCAUCUCCAGUCCACAGGCCACGGAAAGGUUCACAAUGGAACAGGAAUCCCUGGUAGCAAACUGUGCCCUGGGAGGCAAUGGAGCACUUCAAGAGCAGGCAUCUCAAGGACUCAAAGAGUCUUCCAUCAGUGAAUACUCCUUUCCAUCAGCUUUGUGUGGCAUGACUCAGGUGGCAAGUGCCGUAGCUGUCUGUGGUUUAGGUGAAAGGGAAGAAGUGACCUGUCCUGUAUCCCCAAGUAGCUUCUUGCCUGCAACAGAAGAUGCAGGAGCAAUCCCUCCACUUUGUAGUUCAUCAACAGAGAGGAACGUGGAGGUGGGGAAGGAAGCCAUUGCAGAGGCUUUGCUCACAGAGGCUGCUCUGGUUUUAACUAGGCCUCAGACCUACAGCAGCAUUGGUGACCUCAUGGAAUCUGUGAACAGGAGCAUCGUGGAAUCUGCUUCAAAGUCUCAGAUGCUGUGCUCAGAAAAUAUCCUGAGGAAUGAACUGACACAGACCCUGUCCAAUGUUAUUCUGAAGCAUUCCAUUGAUGAAGUUCACCAGAAAAAUAAAAUAACCCACCCCAACGAUGGCAGGCUUUCAUCUGAAACACUGGACGCCUUAAUGGAAAGCACAAAUCGACUGCUCCACAGUGUGAUAUGCUGCACGUUCAAGAAGAUGAGCCAGAUAGUGCAGCUUGGUCACUAUCAGCCAUUUGAUCAGGUUGCUGGUCAAGCAGGCACAAAAGACACAGAAUAUGCCAGUGACCAUCCACUUAGCAAUGCACAAAGCACUAGUCUUGUCGCCAGUGAUAUUAUGGACCUGAAGCAAGACAAGAGCCAAGUGAGGGCGGGCCUAAUGGAGAACCCCACACUGCAAUUUGAACUGUCCUGUAGUCGCAGAGUGCUGGACUCUACAACAGCUAAAACAUCCUCCAAGGAAAUGUGUAUAGAAGGAACAGUGGGAGAAGACACAAAGGAGCUCCAUCAGCCACCCAGGCACAAAGAGAAGGAACGCAGAGCCUCUUUCCAAGCAGAAAAGCUACCCACAGUGGACAAGUGUAGAAGCAGCUCCCAGGAUGCAGAGGACAGUAUCAAUCCAAACACCCAAGAGAAGUACAGUAGUGUCAUGCCCCUAAAUAAUGAAGUUCAAGUUCACCUGUCCUUGUUAGGGGACGAGUUGGCGCUUCCUGCUCAAUCCACAAAGCAGGCAGAGGACUACUGCAUUACAGACUUUGCGGAAGAAUUAGCAGAGACGGUUGUCUCCAUGGCAACUGAAAUCGCAGCAAUCUGUCUUGACAACUCCUAUGGAAAACAACCCUGGUUUUGCGCAUGGAAAAGAGGGAAUGAGUUUCUGGUGACCCCGAAUGUAUCCUGCCGACCCUUGAAGAGGAAGAAGGAAAGCCAGGGAGGUAGUAGCGGCUUGAGGAAGCACAAGCCUCCUCGGCUCAGUGAGAUCAAGCGGAAAACGGAUGAGCACCCCGAGCUUAAAGAGAAGCUGAUGAACAGGGUGGUGGACGAGUCUAUGAACCUCGAGGACAUCCCCGAUUCAGUCAAUAUUUUUGCAAACGAAGUGGCAGCCAAGAUCAUGAGCCUAACGGAGUUCUCCAUGGUGGACGGCGUGUGGCAAGCCCAGAGCUAUUCCCGGAAUCGGUUACUGGGUGGCGACAGGUGGAACAGGCUGAAGGCCUCUAGCUGUGAAAGCAUUCCGGAGGAGGACUCUGAGGCCAGGGCCUAUGCCAACAGCCUGGGAUUAACGAGCACCUUAAGCCAGCCGGUCAGCAGGGCCAGCUCGGUCUCCAAGCAGUCGAGCUGCGAGAGCAUCACCGAUGAGUUUUCCAGGUUCAUGGUCAACCAGAUGGAAAACGAAGGGCGGGGAUUUGAGUUGCUGCUGGAUUACUAUGCGGGCAAGAACGCCAGCAGCAUUCUGAGCUCGGCGAUGCAACAGGCGUGCAGGAAGAACGACCACCUUAGCGUGAGGCCGAGCUGCCCCUCUAAGCAGUCCAGCACCGAGAGCAUAACUGAGGAGUUCUACAGGUACAUGCUGAGGGACAUUGAAAGAGAAAGCAGAGACGGCGCCUCCUCCAGAAGAAGCAGCCAGGAUUGGACGUCAGGUUUACUGUCUCCCCCUGCACGAUCCCCGCUGUGUUACAGACAGUCGUCCAUGCCAGAUACCAGGUCCCCCUGUGCCAGGUUAACAGUGAAUGCGCCAGUCAAAGCCAACUCCUUAGAUGGCUUUGCCCAAAACUGCCCACAGGAUUUCACAAGCGUACAGCCCGUCAGCGGAGCUUCCUCCUCGGGUCUCUGCAAAUCUGACUCUUGCUUGUAUCGAAGAGGUGGGACUGACCAGAUCACAAACAUGUUGAUUCAUGAAACGUGGGCGAACUCAAUUGAGGCUCUCAUGAGAAAGAACAAAAUUUUCAUAGAUGAUGCAGAGGCGGCUGAAGCCGGUGCUAAUCCCCGGGGCUCUCCCUUGCAAGGGGAGAAGUGUGCAGACAGAAUAGCUGCCGGCAGAGUGUACAGCGGGCCGCCUUUGCUUGUUCAGGGGUCUGUUGAUUGCCGGAGGAAGGACUCUGUUACCGAGAGUAAACAUCCCUCCGUGUCUUCUCCAAGCAAAACCGCUCCUCUUAAGAACCAGGUUGGCUUAGAUUGUGCAAAGAAAACUUCCUCAUGCUGUGACGCUGGCCCUCUAAAUCACACCUGGAGGUCAUUAUGCUCAAGGGACGUGCCUUUGAUUCAGAUUGAAACAGAGCAGAGAGAAGAGGCUAUCAGAGAACCUGAAGGAGAACCUGAAUGCUUCCUAUCCGAAAGUGGCGCCCCACAGGAAGCAGAAGAGCAUUUGAGUCAAGACAAAGUCCCUGAUGUGGCCAGAGGUGGAGAUACAGCUGUGAGCACCUGCCAAAACCCUGGUGACAGUCUUGAUGCCAGAGAUGUACCAGGGGCUGAAGUCUCGGCAGAAGCCAGAGCCCCCGAUGAGUUCCACAACCCUCUCAGCAGCAGCGAGGAGAGUACAGGCAGCUGGUCCCAGCUGGCCAACGAGGAGGACAACCCAGAUGACACAAGUAGCUUCCUGCAGCUCAGUGAGCGAUCCAUGAGCAAUGGCAACAGUAGUGCCACUAGCAGUCUUGGCAUUAUGGAGCUGGACAUUUAUCAGGAAAGCAUACCAUCUUCUCCCAUGAUUAAUGAAUUAGUAGAAGAAAAGGAGAUUCUUAAAGAACAGUCUGAGAGCAUAAAGGAACAGGCACCUGGAAUGGCAGUGAGAGCCACCAGUCGCCAGAGGAGCCUGCUGGUGAUCAACUUCGACCUGGAGCCAGAGUGUCCUGAUGCUGAGCUUAGAGCCACUCUGCAAUGGAUAGCUGCCUCGGAAUUGGGAAUUCCCACAAUCUACUUUAAGAAAUCUCAGGAAACCCAGAUUGAAAAGUUUCUAGAUGUCGUGCGGCUGGUCCAUCAGAAGUCCUGGAAGGUGGGAGAUAUCUUUCACGCAGUUGUCCAGUACUGCAAAAUGCAUGAGGAGCAAAAAGAAGGGACCCCAAGUCUCUUUGACUGGCUCCUGGAACUAGGAUAA